GUGUAAGGGGGUGGGGUGGGGUGGGGGGAGGUCAGAGACAACUGGGUGACAUUCCAGCUUCUUACCGGCGGCCGGCCGACCGGGCUUGGGGAUGCCAGCGCAGGCAGUGCCCUGUAACUCCUCCCCCUGGGCUAGGGGAGCUGUUGCCACCCUGGAGGGACCCGGGGCUAGGCGGCGGGGACCAGGUCCCCAGGAGCCUGUGGGCCUUUGAACCCCGUGCCAUGAUUAAAUCUCUAAAGACCUGGAAUCCGGGCACUGCUUCCUCUGCCAGGGCCCCGUGGAAAGGAAGCUGUGCCCAGGACAGUGGGGAUCCUGUGAUGGCCGGCCCCGCCUCCCCGUGUUCCCGCCCUUUCCCACACGCCAGCCAGGGGAGGUGGAGAACUGGGUCCAAUAAGGAUAACCUUAGUGGCAGUGAAGAAGUUUCAGGCCAGACCUCCACCCGUGUGACCCCAGUUCAGCGACGAGCCCUCAGUGUGGGCUGGCCUGGUCCUGAGAGCCCUCGGAAACUCUACCUGACUGUCCAGGCACUACAGGACAAGGUGCGUGCAUGCAAGAGUCAGGUGAAGAAGGAGGAGAAGCACCCGAAGAGGCUGGCACUGGCCCCCAAGCGGGACCGAGACUCUGCCCAGGCCCAGGAAGCCCACAUCAUGAAUAUUGAGAAAACAGGUGGGAGGUUCUUCGGCAGUGGGAAGUGCUCAGGCCUAUCUGGGACCCGCCAGUUGCCCACAAUCCAGAAGAUGGUGGAGUCCAUGUCCCAGCUACAGGAAGAAAAGGGCCAACUGCAGGAGCAGUUAAUGACAUUGCAGAAAACGAUUGCCCUUCGGGAGAGUGAUGAGCAAGCUAUGUCCACUCAGCUGCAAGCUCAGGUGGAAAGUCUGAAGGAGAAGCUCCUUGGCCAGAUCCAGGAAUUGAAUAAACUCCGUUCAGAGCUGGGAGGCACCGACUUGGAAAAACACCGAGAUCUGCUAAUGGUAGAGAAUGAGCGCCUGAGGCAGGACAUGAAGCGAUGUGAAGCGGAGCUCCAGGAGCUGAGGGCUAAGCCUUCCCCUUGCCCAGACUGUGAGCACAGCAAGGAGAGCGCCCAGCUUCGGGAGAAGCUGGCCCAGCUACAGGUGGAGACGGAGGAGAACAAGAGCCGGCUGGCCGAGCUGGGCCUGGAGGUCCAGCAAAAGACCGACCGUCUGGCCGAGGUCGAGCUGCGCCUGAAGGACUCACUAGCUGAGAAGGCUGAAGAGGAGGAGAGGCUGAGCAGGCGCCUUCGGGACAGCCAGGAGACCAUCGCCACCUUGAAGGCUCAGCCUCAGCCAACUAAGUAUAUCAUCAAGACGGUGGAAGUAGACUCAUCCAAGACCAAGCAGGCCCUGUGUGAAACCCAAGCCCAGAACCAGUAUUUACAGGAACAGGUGGGGAUGCAGAGACAAGUGCUGAAGGAAAUGGAGCAGCAACUUCGGAAUUCUCAGCAGACAACAGUCCAGCUCAAGGCCCAGAUCAUGAUGUACGAGUCGGAGCUGGAGCGGGCUCAUGGGCAGAUGCUGGAGGAGAUGCAGUCCAUGGAAGAGGACAAGAACCGGGCCAUCGAGGAAGCUUUUUCAAGGGCCCAAGUGGAAAUGAAGGCUGUGCAUGAAAAUCUGGCAGGUGUCAGAACCAACCUCCUGACCCUGCAGCCUGCCCUUCGGACCCUCACCAGUGAUUACAAUGGCCUGAAGAGGCAGGUUCGAAAUUUCCCUCUCCUGCUGCAGGAAGCCCUGAAGAAUGCCAGAGCCGAGAUCGGCCAAGCCAUUGAAGAGGUGAACAGUACAAACCGAGAACUGCUGAGGAAAUACCGUCGGGAACUGCAGCUCCGUAAAAAGUGCCACAAUGAGCUGGUGAGGCUGAAAGGAAACAUUCGUGUGAUUGGUCGAGUCCGACCCAUCACCAAAGAGGACGGGGAUGGGCCUGAGGCUAACAAUGCAGUGACCUUCGACUCUGACGAUGAUGCUGUUAUUCACCUGCUCCAUAAGGGAAAGCCGGUGUCCUUUGAGCUGGACAAGGUGUUCCCUCCACAGUCAACCCAACAAGAUGUAUUCCAAGAAGUUCAGGAUUUGAUCACUUCAUGCAUCGAUGGCUACAAUGUCUGUAUUUUUGCCUAUGGACAGACUGGUGCUGGCAAAACAUAUACAAUGGAGGGAACAGUGGAGAACCCGGGGAUCAACCAACGAGCCCUACAGCUACUCUUCUCUGAGGUUCAGGAGAAGGCAUCGGACUGGGAGUAUGCCAUCACUGUCAGUGUGGCAGAGAUUUACAACGAGGCUCUCAGGGACCUACUGGCAAAGGAGCCACAGGAGAAGCUAGAAAUUAAGCUGUGUCCAGAUGGCAGUGGCCAGCUGUACGUUCCAGGGCUGACGGAGUUCAGAGUGCAGAGUGUGGACGAUAUCAACAAGGUAUUUGAAUUUGGCCACACCAACAGGACCACUGAAUACACGAACCUCAAUGAGCACAGCUCUCGGUCCCAUGCCCUCGUCAUCAUCACUGUCCGGGGCACUGACUAUAGUACAGGGCUCAGGACCACUGGGAAGCUAAACCUAGUGGAUCUGGCAGGGUCAGAACGUGUGGGCAAGUCCGGGGCUGAGGGCAAUCGGCUCCGCGAAGCCCAAUACAUCAACAAGUCUCUGUCAGCCCUGGGAGAUGUGAUCUCUGCCCUUCGAUCCCGCCAGGGCCACGUGCCGUUCCGCAACUCCAAACUCACCUACCUGCUUCAGGACUCCCUCAGUGGGGACAGCAAAACCCUCAUGCUGGUGCAGGUCUCUCCCGUGGAAAAGAAUACCAGCGAGACCCUAUGUUCUCUAAAGUUCGCUGAGAGAGUGAGGUCCGUGGAACUGGGUCCAGGGUCCCGGAGGACUGAGUUGAUGUCAUGGUCAAGUCAGGAGCAUUUAGAGUUUGAGACAGGCUCAGUUCAGACUCCAUCUUCCACCCGAUCUUACCCCUCCUCUGGUUCUGGAGUUCCCAUCAGCCGUUCUAGCUCAAUCCGGAGGAAGCUGCAGACUUCAGGCAAAACGAAGCCGGUGCCAGUGUGAUACACCAGAAGGCAAUAUCUGGGUGCUCAGGGCCCCGGGAUCCAAGGGAACAAGGCUGGAGGAAGGGCACUCCAUGCUGCUUACUUUCUUCCUGUUUACUCAGAACCAAGGACCCUCCAUCAGCAAGGACUGUUCUUGGACCCUGGAAAAAGAGGGCUUCUCUCCUUUCUGCCCCAGAUACCCUGCUUCUCCCCAGCAGAUGUGAAAUUAGUUUUGAAGGAAAUGAAGCUUUUCCCCAGCCCAGACUUCCAGGAGCCCAGACCAUGUGUGUUGGGGGCCAGUGGCUUUGGCUCAUCCUCGGGCACCUCUCGGCCAGCAGGACUGGCUUCCUAGUCUAGGUUGCACCGAGGCGGCUUGGUCUUUGAGCCUGCGGCGGGCUCCCCAGAGGGCUGGGAUGGUCCAGCUGAUGGCAGCAGGGACCCCGAUGGCUGGCAUACACGCUCACGGGCCCAUCUCGUAGCCUGAGUCCCGCUGGGGGCUCCAGCCCAGAACUGAGCUCGCUUUGUGGGGUUGGGCCACAUUUUGCCCCUUGCGGGUUCUUGGUUCCGACGUCCCCUUCCUUAAAGCCGACACUUAGAUUUCUUGGCGAGGGAGAGCCUGGCAGCAUGUGGGCCACCAUCCUGGGGGGGCUCAUCGCUGCCCUUGGAGGCUGGAGACCACAGGCACUUCGGGGAAGGAGCCGAGGGGCCUGGGCGCGCGCCACGGUUUCUCCCUUCUCCUCGGCUCGGGCCACCUCCUUCCCCUCUUCAGUUUCCAUCCAUCUACACGCGAUCGUGUUGUCUUGACUCGCUGACCUUAGGAAGAGGAGAGGCUGGCCAGGACUCUCUGGGCGAGACCCCCCGGAACCAGUUGGAGGACUCUCUCCGCCCCUUUCUCUUUCCCAAGGGAAGGACGAUGCACUUUAUGGAAAAAACUUGACAGACUCCCCCAUCCGGCAUCUGGGAGGGAAGCGGGAACUCUGAGCACGGGGUGGUUCAGAGCCAGGCGGACGCAGGGCAAGACUGGCUUUCCAGGAAGCAGGCGGCCGGGGACAGUGUGCCCGCAGCGGUGGGGAGCUCGGAAGCUGGAGCAGAGUCCCAGGGAGGGGAUGGUUGUCCCCUCCGUCUCGACCCCCCUGGCUCCCCCCUCUUCCUCCUGCCUUCCCAGCUCCCCUCGAAGGGUCCCUAUUUGGCAAACCCAAAGACACAAGGGGGAAGGUGGCAACCAGCUAGUCUCCCUCCUGAUACCCCCGCCAGGGGGGACGCAAAAGGGUGAAAAGGGAAUCUGUACAUACCUGUGUAUAGGUGCGCAUAGACGCCGCUGGAGAGUCCGUCACAUCGGGGGAGAGACGCUUGGAGUUGUUCUUCUUUCGGGGGCCCCUCGCGCCGGGGAUGGACCAGGACUUCUCUCUCCCAGAGGCUCAGUGCCUUCAGGCUCGUUUGGGUGAUGUUGGCUGGCUGUGAUGGGACCCUCCCGGAGAUAAGGAGGUCCUUGUGGGAAGUGGCGCGAGGCCAGCUCACGCCGGACACUGUGUCCAGAUGACCCGAGAUGCACCGAUUUCUCUUUUCCCACCGCAGCCUUUUUGAAGGAUUCUCUCAUAAUUCCUAGCCAAUAUCUUUUGGAAUAUGAGCUGUUUUUACUGAUUUUAAUAAAGAGCUCUUUUGCACAAA